UUAAACUGAAUAGUUAAAUACGGUGGAAUUACAGUGGAAACAGUCAGAAAAACGGAAAGAGGAACAUAGCUUGGUUUUCUGGCUGUUCAUGGUUUCCAUCAGAGUGCCACAGAACUAGCUGCAGCGUGUUUGCUCUGCUGUGAUGUCAAUAGACAACAGGAAAUCAGAUUAAAAGUGCUCAGUCUGCUAGAGUUCCUUCAGAGGUGCUGCUGGCUAAGCAGACUUCUUUUAUUCUACAAAAAAUCCUUGGCGUUCAACAGAAAUUCACCUUUGGAAACAAGAAGACAAAUACAUGGUCCUAGCUCGUCUUUCUGCUUGUGAUCAGCAUCAAAAACACAGUGUUUUCCAUCAUGUCAUUCUAUAAUAUUGAAACUCACUGUAAUCUGACCACUCAGCCCCUGGUUUCAUCCAUAAUGCCUCCUUUGCUCAUCGUCGAGCUCCUGCUGGGUCUCCCAGGGAAUCUGAUGGCGCUGUGGGUCUUCAGUCGCCACCUACGGUCCUGGAUGCCCAAUGUCGUCUAUCUCUUGAACCUGGUCCUGGCUGAUUUCCUGCUCCUAGUGAGCUUGCCCUUCCGUAUUGACCAUAUGCUCCAUGACGAAAACUGGGUGUUUGGAGAUGCUUGGUGUCGCAUCAACCUUUUCAUGCUCGCAAUCAACCGAUCGGCGAGCAUCGGCUUCAUGACUGUGGUGGCCGUGGAUCGAUACUUUAAAGUGGUCCAUCCACACCAUAGAGUGAACUUCAUUACUGUACGGCAGGCCGCUGGGAUCGCUGGCUUCAUCUGGUUUGUGGUGAUCUCAUCGAGGCUUCCUCUUCUGGCGAAUGAUCUCCUGAUCAAGAAGAACAAUUUGUCUCUCUGUCGAAGCUUCAAUCCCUUCAAGGUCCCACCACCAGGAAUCGUGCUCCAUUACAUAAUGUACCUCUCUGAGUUCUUCCUCUCCUUUAUAGUCCUUGUGUUCUGCUCUGCCAGAAUCUACUGUGUCCUACGUCGCCGUCAGAUUGAGAAAAAGAAAAAAGCGCGUCAAACCAUUGGGAUCCUUCUGGUGAUCGUGGCCAUUUUUCUCUUAUGCUUUUUCCCUGGUGUUGCCCUGGGACUGUCUGCACUCUAUCUGAAGUCACUUGGAGAGAAAUACUGUGAAGUCUUCAGAUUCAACGGUGAGUUGUUUGUUUUGGCCAUUGGGUUCACCUACCUGAACAGUGUGCUGGACCCUGUUAUAUACGGCUUUUGCAGCUCCAUCUUUCGAGAUGCUGUAAAGAAAGCCAUCAGUCAGUUUGCACUGGUGAAAUGCAAUCCCAGUCACAACAGAUGGAGUAAGAGUGGAAGUCAUAAUGACCGGACCAAGAGUGAAGGUGACAUCUAAGAAGAUCACAGAUCUUGAUUUCUUAAUAUUAUCAUGAUAUGUUGCCCAUGAUAACAAUGAUACCAUGAUACUUUGAUUCUGCAAUACUCGAUAUAUAACACGCCCAUACUCUACAAUACUUCAAGGCACCUGUGUUACUGAAGGAAAUAGCAUACUCAUUGCUAAAUAUAGCAAAUAUUUGGAUUCAUAUAUGGAUUUAUUGGUCUAUCGUCAGUUUCACAGAAUUUGACAGCCAAUAUUCUUCCCUUUUAGUUUAGCCUAUUCAUUUGAUUCAUUUUGUGCCACCAUGUGGAGUAAUGAAGCAGUAACCUUAAUAAGUUAAAAUGGUGCACAUAGCCUUAGGCAGUUUAAAGUGCCUGUAUUUUAAUAUAAAUAUUUAUAUUUUAUGCAAUGUAUCGAUAAUAUAUCUCAAUACAUCAAUUUAGUAUUUAGUGCUUAAGAUAUCAUAUAAGAUAUGAUCACUUUAGGGCCUACAAAUGCAAAAGGACCUAGAAUGAUGUGCCUUUCCCAAGAAAUCGCGUUCAAACACUGUGAGAUUCAUUUUUGAGGACUAAAUGGAUG